CGUCAACAGCGCAAACAAAUUCGUAAAACGAUUAAGAGUCGCAUUAAGAUUUACAUUCUUUCAAAAUUUAUAGUAUUGUUUCUGAUAUAAAAACUAUGAACCACGGAAUUGGUAGAAAGGAUUUGGAUAUAGGAUCACAUCCUUAUCCCAGACCCCACGUAAAUUGUGCUCAUGAACACACAGUCAUUUCCGUCAAAAUCGAAGCAAAACACAAUCUUUUGAUUCUUAGCUUGCCAUCUGUCUCACCUGCCCUAUGGAUGUUUUGUCUCUGAGAAAUCUGAAUAAAUAAUCGAAGUUUUCCAACGGAUUACGAAUAUUGCCUUUGUGAUAGAUGAAAUAUGAAAAAAAAAAUUAACGGUACAAUAAUUUGAAUACAUAGUACUCACAAAUACCAUAGGAUCAGAAAAAACUCAGAACACCCAAAGAGUGCUUUCAUCAUAAAACUGUAAAGAACUUGCCGGGAGACAAAAUUGUGAAUAAUCAAAGGGCUUGCACUUUUAAAGAGUUGUUAAGGUACAAAACAAAUACAAGCAUAUCAGACCAAAAUGCAGUCUAAUUUGACAACGUCAUGGCUAAAUUCAACUACAACGUAUGGUUGCUAUAUCGCCAACAUUUUCGAUACUGCUGUAGUAUAUGGGUUGAGCGGUCUGAUAAGGAAAAGGAAAAUCUCGAUUAAUAUGUGGAGAGUGACAAGAUCAUAGUAUAAUCCCAACUCCUGCCUCACUGUUGGAGAUUACUAUACGCUAAAGAAUUCUUCUCGAGACAAAUCUGUACAGAACACAAAUACCGAGUGUUUUCCUAAGGGCAAGUCAUUACACACACAACGGGCGCUAACUGAGAAAGGUUGAGAUAAUACCAUUCAUUGCGGUGAGCGAUCGUUUGAAGGAGUGUACGCGAAUGAGGAUCUUACAGAGAAAGCUGCAAGAGUCUUCGACCUGCCAAAGCCAAAGACCACGGAGAAUUCUCUUGGAGGGGAUGUUCUAUCUACAAUAUAAUGAUCCUGAAAAUUAAAGAGAGUAUUUCCACUUUCAACCAAAUAUAAAUCGCGCUUGUGGUACUUCCUUCAAUAGAUUCUCUACAUGACAAAAAUCAUCGAACAAAAGUAUAAGCUCUAGAAGGAUAACUUAUUGUGUUAGCCAGACAAAUAUAUUCCUUCGUGUUUGUUUGCCGUAUGGCCCUUACGCUGAAAAGAGGACGGCGAAUGGGUGAUCUACAUACAUGAGAUAAUUCUUAAAUUCAGUUUCAAGAAGAUUUGAGCAGCUAAAUAGACACUUACUUAUUGUUGGGGCACACUCAUUAUGAAAUCAUAAAAGUGCUCAUUCAAUUUCGUUUUAAUGGGCUUUUAAUGAAUGGACUUUAAGUAAGAACAUUUUGAAGUAAGUGCAUUAGUGAAAAAUUUUCAUCUUUAAUCGAAUAGACCUUUGAAAGACGCAUUGUUCGUCUAAACUUGAAGAGCUUUUUGCACAUACAUAUUUUCGCAUCCAUCAAGCGGGUGAGCCGAAUUAAAUAUGAAAAAUACAACGGCGGUCGAUCCUCUGUUUACUGAGCUCCAGUCAAGACCUGAUGCACAGAUUUGGGCAGAAUCCAUAUUCUACGUAAUCAUUAAUGUGAUCGCACUGUUUGGCAACCUCUUGGUUUGCUGGAUCUUUUACAGGAAUUCACGUCUAAGAACUGUGACUAAUAUCUACAUCAUGGCCCUUGCCCUAUCAGAUGUAGCGACGUCGUCAUUCUGCAUGCCUCUAGUGGCGGGGGUCCUGCUAGCGGGGGUUUGGCCUUUCACAAAGACAGUGUGCAAAGUACACGGCUACCUGGUGCUUUUCUUGGCAUUCAUAUCCCUUCAUACCAUCGCUCUUACUGCUGUGAACCGGUACUAUCGAGUCGUCAAAGCAGAGAAAUUUAAACGAAUGUUCACAAAAAAGAACGCUAUGUAUUCAAUAGUUAUUGUCGCGGGCGUGGCAGGGUUUUUGGUAGCUCUACCCUUAUUUGCGGGUAUCGGGCACUUUGAGUUCCAUCCGGGGAAGAUGACUUGCUCUAUCGAGUUCUACACGAGGCGCGCGGAUUUCUUGUACUCGGGUUUCCUAGUUCUCGUCAUAGUCUUUUCACCGUUUGUAACCAUCAUCUAUUGCUACAGCAAAGUUUUCAAGGCUGUGGAGUCACAUAGACGUCGCCUCUCGUUAACAAUUCAAGCAUCUCAAGAUACCAGAUUAAGCGUAGAAGAAGUGAACGUCACCAAGACUCUGUUCGCUAUUGUGCUUGGCUUCAGUGUCUGCUGGAUUCCAGUAUUCAUCAUCGAAUUCGUAGAUGCUACGUUCGGUGAGCACGGUCUCCCGAGACCCGUGUACCUUGUCCAUGCCUUUCUGGUGUCAAUAUCUGCGGCAAUCAAUCCAAUUAUUUAUGGAAUAAUGAAUAAGACGUUUCGAGGGGAAUAUCGGAAGAUAUUCUGUUUGUGUGCACCAGCAGUAGAAGUCGGCGAUAUUCGCAUGGAUGAGCUGAGAAGAGGAACAACUUUACAUAUGAACAACACUCGCCUUCCUCGACCAUUUACACCUAGGGGCGCCUUCUUGGUUGAGUCCUGCCAAAACUCAAUCUAAAUAUGCUCCAGCUUAACGUAUGUGUCUUUCUGGUUGACCCCUCCAAAACUCAUUUUAGACAUGUAUGCACCAGCUUACAGUGCUAGGCGACUGUUGCCGUGCCUAGUAACAUUUUUGUUAUUAAUACCUUACGCUAGUCGACUACUUUUCUUCCAAUGACAAAAAUAAACCUCCCUCUCCAUUUUUCAGAGGACGAGCGACUUUGAACAGCAUUGAGAUGUGGGGGGUAGGAGGACUUUCUUGGCAAAAAUCUUACUUUUUUUUAUCCUGUGUAAAAUGCGGCAUUUGCGUGAGUUCUCUUCUCUACCAUUUUAGGAGAUCUUUUUGGUUUUUUUUUAUACUUCAGGUUUCCUGUGGUUGACGAUGCCCCUCUUGUCUCACGGCCAGCCACAAGUAUCCCGAAUAGAACACAUAUUUCACAAAACGUGUCGGUGCAAAAGGUAGUUCUUCUACCAUAGUUAGUAAAGACUGGUUAGGAAAGCAGGCGAGUUUCAAAGAGACAUGUUUCCGAGUUAUUUGACCAUGUGAUCACGGACAUAUCUAUUGAGCGUACAAAAUAUUCGGAGUAAUCAAUUAUACUUUUGUACCAAUGCUAUUUGGACCAAUAUCACACUCAGAUCCAACAACUCCAAGCAUCGAUGCCUGGCGCUUCCCUAGGCAGGGGGGGUGUUCAAGGUGAUCGGGCACCACCCUUGGCCGCCAAGGGGUAUUCAUUUCUUUUUGAAGAUUAUCAAAUAAUAUCCCUUUUCCAUAUGAUCCCUCAGCGCCUGGUUCCAGAUUCGUACAAUUGCUAUAAUGCUUGCGUGUAGGAUCACUGCCUAAAGAAUUUUAGCGCAGCACUAUUUCUUUAGAGCUGUAAAGCCCAAAAUGUAAUGAGCUAAUAUUAGCUCAGGUUGUUAUGAGAUCGAAAGCUGCUUAUAGGUAAUUUUAUUACAAAGCAUAGCCUCCCUUCGUCUGAACUUCGGGAAAAGGGGGAAUAGUUUUAUCUUUUAUUUUAUAUACAUAACUACGAGCCUUCUGCAAAAUGGUUUCUUAGGCGAUAUCACAGUCGUUUAACAAACCGGCUUCGCGACUACGCAACAAGCCCGCAUGUAAGCAUGGAUAAAAAACCACUGAAGCGCUUAGCUGCAUAUAUUUACCACUGCAUAACCUCAGACUUAGGGCGCGUUUUUUUCCUAUCAUUCUGGAAUGGGUAUGGUUGGUAGAGAAUGUUUAGAAUGGCAUUUGUGUCAUUCUGCUACAGGUAGCAGAAUGGGUGGAAUUGCCUUCAUUCCAUUCCGGAAUGGGAACGCGGGAUAAGCGAACGCGCGCUUUUUCUAUUCUUAUAAUUCUCAUACCGGAAUCACAAAAAAGCGCGCCCUUAGACAUGGUAGCGGUGGCUAAUAUAUGCAGCUAAGCGCUCCAGUGGGUUUUUUUACCCAUGCUUAUAUGCCGGCUUGUCGCGUAGUCCCGCAAAGCCAAUUGACGACGACAACCUUUCGUCAAACGUUUGUAUAAGAGCACGCAAUGUUACCUUUGGCGUUACAUGCAUUUUUUUUAUCUUGGUCGCUAUCCUAGAUUAAUAUUGAAAUAAUAAUGUCUUUUCAAUAUUUGCUCUUAUCAUUCGUGUGUUUAGUCAAUAAAUAACUAAUAAAUGU